AUGGCUCCUGUUCCUACACACCUUGAGCCGUUCUUGCUAUUCGACAAAUAUGAAAAUUUGCGGCUCAAGAUCCGAUCCGUCAUCAUCCUCGAUCUUCCUAGUGAUUUUCCGGCCAUACCUACAUCAGCAGCCCUGAAGGACCUGGUCUGCCAUGGUAGCCUUUGGGUUGCACGAACGGGUGCCUGCAAGCUUGAGUUGCACACCAACGUUCAUGUGGAAAGCGACGGGAAAUAUGUUUUUGCAGCAGUGCUGGAAAGAUCGGCCUGGGUAUUUGGGCAUCUCGCCCUUUGGAGCCAACUUGGCUUGCGCCUUGCCCGCGAAGACGACGUUAGCCUCCCAUCAAAUGUUGCCGUAUUUCGUCUUUAUCACCCUAGUCUUCAUUCAAGCCUUCUGCCCCCGGAAGGCGCUCAAGUUGCCGGUUUCGAACGACUAACUUGUUCCCUUGACUUCGAGCACAAUUCUGAUGAAGAGUUCCAUAGAAUCUCGCGGGCCUCUGUGUCGGCCUCACGAAAGAGGAAAGGGGAGCGCGUAAGAGAGGUUCCGACUUUAGUGUGCCAGUCGACAGAACAAGACGAUGAACUAGGCGUUCAGAAACCCCCUUCAGGGCUUGUCAGUUCUAUCCACCCCACCACUGUUCAAGUACUGGACCGGCUUCUGGGCAAGUCAUCCCUAGAAAGACUUGUAGAAGUCGGCAUCAUGGCGCUCGUCACAGGACAACUCCCUGCAGUCUUUCACAUGGAUUACCUGGAUGUCUAA